UAAUUGCCUAAACAUCGAUCGUUAUUGCAGGAUGGUAUCGUGUUUAGAUUCACCUCGCAAGUGAUGAAUGAAACGAGCGCCGUGGGGACCGGACGGAGACCGGCGGAGGUUGUGAUUGCUUCGGGCUGUUCAGCCCUGCUUAUCGUGCUCGUCAGAGGAUGGAGCGCUGGUCAAGAGGGGCUGGCAAGCCGUCCGUGUCCCGGUUUCUCCUCGGCCCUGCUCUCAUCCUCUCGCUCCUAGCGGUGCAAGCGAGCUGUCACGGUACCUGCAGACACAGAGUCCCCUCCCGCAGCGAGGUUGUCCACCAAGUGUACUUGAAGCCUGAGCGCAUAACCAAGAGAAGUUCUCCUGACGAUCUGCAGCUAAAGAUAAAGAUCAUCUAUGACAGCAGCGUUGAUCAACUUCCUGCUGACAAACGGAGACUGGUGAAGGACAAGCUGUUUCCUCAGGCCAUCGACUACCUUCAGAGCGCUUUCAGUGUGAGGCGCAGGGUUGGACCUGUGCUGCUCAGCAGACAAUGUGGAACCAACCAGUACAUGAGGAAGAGAGGUGACCCUCAUCGAUACUGCCAGGAUUCUUGCGCAGACGUCACCCGGUGUGGUCCUGUCGUCGUGCCACAGCACCACCUGCAGCAAUGUAAGGUAUGCAGCGAGUCAGGGAAAUCGUGUGGCCCAACGGGGCCCCCAGACGGCCUCGGGGUGGACGGAUCAGACUUCGUUCUCUACGUCAGCGGCAUCACCACAGAGCGGUGUGGACAGGAGAACAUAGUGGCCUACGCUGCCUACUGCCAGCUGGAAGCGGAGCUGGACAGGCCUAUAGCAGGUUAUGCCAACCUGUGUCCUGCCAUGAUCUCCUCUCAGCCUCAGGAGUUUGAAGGGAUGUUGUCUACUGUCAAACAUGAGAUCAUCCAUGCUCUGGGGUUUUCAGCCGGUCUGUUCGCCUUCUACCACGACGAUGAGGGCAAACCUCUGACGCCUCGCUUCGCCAGCGGCCUCCCUGCGUUCAACGAGAGCCUGGGCCUGUAUCAGUGGAGCGAGGCGGUGAUCAGGAGGGUCAGCAGACUGUGGGACAUCAGAGGAGGAGAGAUGGUGCGGCACCAUGUGCACGUCCUGGUCACUCCUCGCGUUGUGGAGGAGGCAAGGAGGCACUUUAACUGUCCCAUCCUGGAGGGGAUGGAGCUGGAGAACCAGGGAGGAACAGGAACUGAACUCAAUCACUGGGAGAAGCGACUGCUGGAGAAUGAGGCCAUGACGGGCUCCCACACCCAGAACCGGGUGUUUUCUCGCCUCACGCUGGCCAUCAUGGAAGACAGCGGCUGGUACCGAGCCAACUACAGCCUGGCUCAGAGGCUGGACUGGGGCCGCGGCCUUGGCUGCGACUUUGUCAUGAAGAGCUGCAAGUUCUGGAUGGACAGACAGAAGCAGAGGCGACACCCUGUGACCCCGUUCUGUGACACGGUACGGGCCUCUCCUCUGCAGCUGACCUGCAGACAGGACCAGCUGGCUGUUGCUGUCUGUAACCUGCAGAAAUACCCCCAGCAGUUACCCCUGGAGUACCAGUAUUUCGAUCGGAUCCCGGAUGUGGCCGCAGAUCAGCUGUCUUCCUUUGGGGGCGCUGUGGAGAUUGCUGAUUUCUGCCCCUUCAGCCAGGACUUCAGCUGGCACCUGAGUGGAGAAUAUCAAAGAAACUCGUACUGCAGAGUAUUGGAGAACCAGCCAGACUGGUGGAGGAAUUAUGGAGCGGAGCAGUAUGGUCCGGACUCGGUGUGUCUGUACCAGAAGUCAGCCUUUGUCAUGGAGCAGUGCACCAGGAAGAUGACAUAUCCCGACUGGGGCUCUGGAUGCUAUAAGGUUUCGUGCUCUUCUCAGGGCCUGACUGUGUACGUUCAGGAUAGUUCCUUCCUGUGCUUGCGGAAAGGUCAGCUGCUGAGCGUCAGCGUCCGUGUCAACGACUGGGUUUAUAACGGAGUACUGGUCUGCCCCGCCUGCACGGAUUUCUGUGAUGACUGCCCCCUGCCCCACCAGCUCCUGCCCAUCAAUACCUCCAGGAGCAACCCCAUUGAUCCCUGCUCCAGUUCUCCAGGUCUGGCCAUCACUCUCUGGCUCCUUCUGCUCAACAUGCUCCCUCUAGUGGCUGGACUGCUGAUCUGCCACUGCAGCUGAUAAAACACACAUAUGAACAAACACACACACACAUUCACAAUAAGGUAGCUAAAGCUACUGUACUGUAGCCCUCAGAGGACUUGAUGAUACACCUCUUUCCUCCUUGUUUUUCUUCUGUUUUUGGUUUUUCAUCCUUUUAACCUCAAGCUGGGAAAACAUUCUUUUUACAUCCUUGACUCACUCUUCCUUCAUUCCUAACCUUAUUUCCACCUACUCCCACUUUUUUCCUCUCAGGAUCUUUGCUCUUGUUUCUUUUUUUUUGUUUUUUCUGAUAAUAAAACUGUGUCUGCAUCUCUCAGUACUGUGCUGCAGAAGGGUGUGUUUACAUGCACUCCAAAACUAGUCAGCCUUCAUGGAACUGAGAGCCCUGGUCACUGUAAUCAGAGUGUAAAGGUGGUAGAUCCCUGACAUACUUCUCUGCCUGCAGACGGUUAUCACUGGCUGGAAGAGGUACAGUUAUUUAAAUGUGGCAGCUUAUGUCGUUACUUGCAGGUAAACUGUUCCUAACAAGGGGAACCAUCUUUCUUUGGCUGAGCACUGAGUACGUUUAUUUUGUAGUGGGGAUGUGCAUGUUAUAAACCUCUACUCCUCUUUUCAAGGCUGCAAUACAUUUAUAUUAAUGUAAAUAUACAGAAUAAUUUUUAAGAAAAUAUUUUUAAUUACAGGAAAAUAAUGACAGAUUUCUAUCAUCAAGUUAAUCGAAUUUUCUCAAUAACAUUUCGAGUUUAGGCUCUGUUCAGACCUGGCAAGUACGUGGAUCCCGGGUGGGUUCCAGUUCAUUUUCUGGGUUGGAACAUUAAAUAGUCCGACUGACGAGUACAAAUGGAACGUAACAUGGGGUCACUCUAAACUUGAGAUUUUUCCAGUGCAUGUAAACAUGUCCUCAUGAUUCAGGGAACAGGAUACUCAUUUAAUUAAAAUGAAAUCCAAUUUUAUGUCGAUUGAAACACAGGAGGUCGUCUGUCUUUUCCUCUGUAGAGCAGGAGUGCGAUGAAAUCUCUCCAGUAUGAACCCAUUUUUAAUUUUUCUUCAACUUGGGAUCAUUCUGAAUGCUCAGGUUUUGUAUUUUAUCCCUUAAUGUUGCUGUAGACCCAUGUUUAGAGCUGGAAUUCAAAUCUUGGAGGAUCAUUGCUUUUGGAUAUUCUGUUAUAACUGCCAUAUUCAUUCAUCAAUAUGAACAAGGAGGAGCCCUCAGAAGGUCUGUUUGGAUUGUUUUACGGUCACAAGUUUUUAGAGCUAUAAUUGACAUUUCUCAAAACACACACCUGAGUUGAGAUUGGAAUCGGUGCUGUUUGGUGACCCCUGGUGGCAGCUGGGGGUAAGAGUCAAUUUAUGCAGAAAACUUUAGAGGCAGACUGUCGUGUAUGAGGUGGAUUACAGCGUGUCUGGUGAGUUCAAAUGAAUUACCUCUUUUGUUCUGAGCAGACCUUGUGAUGAUCGAGUCAUACUGAAUGAAUCUGUAGCUGUUCGUACAGGUGGAUGGAAUAAUGUUGGGUUUGGGUUUCCUUUCUAACCUCAUACUGUGCACAGGAAGGUCUUGCAGCAUGUUAAGAGAGCUCUGUUCUCUGAUGCAUGCUCAGUAGUUUCUCAUACAGAUAGUUGAAUAAUUAUAAGCUUCAUUUACCUCUGACGUUGGAACCCAGAUCUGGGAAUAACGUCACAUCCAAGUUACCAGUUGCUGGGCGCCUCAGAAGGGAAUUUUUCUGUAGUCCAACCAGCUGAAGAAAACUAAAGCCAUUCCAGCACUUUCUCUGGUCUCUUAUUAAAAGCUAUUUAAACAGGAGUAGCUUGAAAGUUUUAGUGGUUUUGAAAAAAAUAACUUUAGAAAACCUUGACAUACCUUGAUACCAGUAACUGGGACAUGUGCACUACUAUGUGCUUUACUGAUUUAAUGACACGUAAACCACCAGACGACCCAAGAAAACCUGUUUAGCACUGCAGCUGAAUAUAUAUUAACACUGUUUGUUUUUUUCAUUAGUUGUGAAAAUGUGGCUGUUCUAUCUCGAUUAUUUCUCAUAAGCUCCAAAGAAAGCUACGUUUUUGCAGAGUAAAGGAAGGUCUGAGAUGCCUACAUGUAUAACUUAAGGUAAAAUUGUACUCCGACACUUAGAACCUCCAACCUUGAUAUUUAUACUUCCUAAAGAGGGGUUUAGAUCCUCCAAGAUUUUCUCUACUGAGUUCAGCAUGCUGCAGGUGGAACGGGCAGAUGUUGGAGCCACUGACAGCACUUGCAGGAAUGCAAUGGUGCUUAUUUUAACAUACAGGUAUAGAAAAAAUUGGACUGUUUUAAUCAGCUCAAUUGUAACGUUGAACAUUUCUAUAAUGAAGGAAAUUUUGCUGUUUUGUACUUGAUUGUUUUUAAAAUGCAGCCCAGUGUGAUAAAGACUGAACUCUUUGAGUUGAGCAGCUAAAGUCUUUAUGUUCACAAACUGGAGGAAGCCACAGCCAAACGUCUCCAUGAUAUGAAGUGUUCAUUGCAAAGCAGAAAAAAAUACCUUUUAGCUACGUCUGUAUGCAUGAUAGGAGGCAGAUGAUGGUACCCUGCCACAGGAAAUGGAUCUUUCUUUGGGUGAACUAAAGAACAAAGAGUUGCCGUUGACUGUGAUGUUAUGCUUGUUUCAUUGUUAGCAGUAGUGCCAAAAAACAAAGAUUCAAUUUUUGUAUGGCAAACUUUCCUCUGUGUUAUGUUGGAGUUUUUUAUACAAAAGGCUGAAGAUACAGAAAAUUAUUUACUUGUAAAAGUGCUGUUCUCUUCCUGUGGUUUGCGGUCAUAUGCGGUUACUAUGGGUCCUAGAAAGUUCUUCUCAACAAAUCAGAAACUUGGUCUUUCAAUCCUGAACAAUGAAGGAUUUGUUUCCAGGUUUUGAUUCUUACAGGGGUCUGUUGCCAUGGCAACUUUGGUAGAGCAUUUUCCUUCUGCAGAAAGUCUCAGCUGCAGGUUAACAGAUCAACACAAUUAAAAUAAACAUCUCCUGAUCUGUUGGUCACCUUUGGGGAACAAACAAAUCAAUCCUCUUUUGUCCUUAUUCAAUUUAAAAAGACAAACCGACUGCAAAGACUGAAUACCUAAAUAUAGCGAAAAUAACUAAAGUCUAAAAAUGUGACCCCAAAUAUUUUUUAUACUGUUUUUCAAUAAAAUGAUCUUCCUGCUCUUCUGUGCAGUUUGCCAACAUGUAUUAAACUGCAUCUCUAUAAAAGUACUUAAAAAUGAACUUGGAUUUUCUCAAGCUUGAAGGUUUGCACUUAAACCAGAUAAGCUGGCCUUAAUGUCUGGGGACUUCUCUGAUAAACUGCAACAGAGUAAACAAAGGUUGCAUGUGGUGACAGAAUGCAAGGCUUUGGGUUUAGCUCUAUAUUUAUUCAAAUGUGUUUUUAGAUUUGCUCCGUCUGUUUUUUUGUUCUGCAACAUUUUGGCGGCAUCAUGUCAACUAGAAGGAUCCAUUGUUUGUCUUACAAACUUACAUGUUAAGAAUCAUGCAGCAUAAAUCUUUGUGUCGCCUGUUAGCAUUGUUCAGAUGAUCUGACCUUGGUCCACGUUUCUUAUUGUACUCAACAAAAUGAAUGAAGUUUAUGCUACUGUGUUCACUGAUGUUGGACUGAGCUGGAGAAGGAAAAAAAGGAUUUUGUUUCAAAUAAAGCUGGAUAAUUUUGUAUUGUUGAAGACGUCAUGGAAAUGUGACAUGUUUGUUUCUUUUAGUGUUGAGGUGAAAAGCAGUGAAACAGUAAAAACUCAGUUAAAUGAUUUUUUUUUCCUUUUAUAAAAGGGCUGCCUUUAUUACAAAUCAAGUUUUUUUUCCCUCCAAAUAAAUGCUUUCUCUACCCCA